UCCGGUCAGUCGUCGAGGGAGUACUGAGUCGUAGAACUGCUUGAAAGGGUUCGUCGUGGGUUUGGGCCGAUAAAAUGAAUGGCUGCAGGUGCUGUUUGGAAAUGGUCCCUUCCGCCGCUAGUAUCUUGGGACGUUUUGCCGCCGUCGAACAUCAAUUGGCGCGUUAAAUGGUAUGACGACGUCGUGAGGGGGUUAGGAGAUCCGAUAUUUGUUGGCAAUGAGUUCACCUUCGUGCCACAGAGCAUCAUACAAAAUAUCCGACUUCGCGAUCCAAGGGUCGCCGUCUAGCGUGCGGGAGUGCUUAUCGAUAGUAGAGCCAGAAACGGCCUCCUCCCAGAAGCUCGCUCGUGGAGCACAAUGUCAUGCAUGCGGAACUCUGAAGGAUUGUGGACAUCCUCGAAUCUCGCGCGGAUCGCUUUCAUUGGUCGGACUACUCGGCUGGCUCCCCCCGUUCAAUCAUCAGAGUGUGCGAGAGCCUCAAGCAAGAGGUGAGGGGUUUGAGCCACACGCUGAGACUUUUCAGCACGUCAAAUGGGUUGCAUCUUGUUUCGUCUUAUGUGCCUCUGGCCGAACCUUGUUUGUCCGUGCUGAGGUGCGGGCAGGACUUGAAUCGGCAAGCAAGGCAAGCUACCCGCUUUCUCGUAUGGACAAACGCCUUGCUGACAUGACAGGCAGCUGUCACCUGCCGAACACCAUAAUGCAUGGGCACUGUCCGUUAGAGUUUAUCUUGUCGCACUUGCAACCUUGAGUCUGUCAUGGUGAACAUGGAGCCGGCAUGGAGCGGAGCC